CUCGCAUAUAUAAUCCUAAGCCAUCACCAGCUGUACAGUUUUGCUCUAUCCGGAACAAGAGUUUGAGAUAUCUCAUGGCGCCAAAGAAGGACAAGGCUCCACCACCAUCUUCAAAGCCCGCAAAGUCAGGCGGAGGCAAGCAGAAGAAGAAAAAAUGGAGCAAGGGAAAGCAAAAGGAGAAGGUGAACAACAUGGUUUUGUUCGAUCAAGCAACCUACGAUAAGCUUCUUAGUGAGGUUCCCAAGUACAAGCUUGUGACUCCAUCUAUCUUGUCCGACAGAUUGAGGAUUAGCGGUUCGCUUGCACGUAGAGCGAUCAAGGAUCUUAUGGCCAGAGGAUCAAUUAGGAUGAUAUCUGCUCAUGCCAGCCAGCAGAUUUACACUAGGGCUACCAACACCUAGGAGGGAAAAUGCAGUUCUCUUUCUAGCACUCAAAAGGAAUUUUAGUGCCAUUUUUGUUUUAUUUUUCCACAAAUCUUGUUAAAGAAGGCCCUGGAAAUUUUACUUGCCUUCUUUUUGUUGGCUGAAUAUUAUCUUCAUUUAAUCUGAUCAUCUAUGUUAUUAUUAUUA